AAGCCUUGCGACGACUGGCUUCUCCAUUUUGCGUCUUCCUCCUCCCACCAUUUUCGGACUCGUCUACAGAGUGAGAAAGAGAGAGAUGAAGAUCGUCGCCGCCUACUUGCUUGCCAUUUUGGGUGGGAAUACUAAUCCCUCCGUCGUUGACCUCAAGAGCAUCCUUGGUUCUGUGGGAGCUGAAGCCGAGGAUGAUAGAAUCGAUUUUCUACUAAGCGAAGUGAAAGGAAAGGACGUAACAGAGCUUAUUGCUUCUGGAAGGGAAAAGUUCGCCUCUGUUCCUUCAGGUGGUGGUGUUGCAGUCGCAGUGGCUUCUGCAGCCGGUGGUGGUGCAGCUCCUGCAGCUCCAGCAGCAGAACCAAAGAAGGAAGAGAAGGUUGAAGAGAAGGAAGAAUCCGAUGAGGAUAUGGGUUUCAGCUUGUUUGAUUAAGGCGUUCAACGAAUCCUAUUAUUUCUGAUGCUCCAGGGCUUCUUCUUCUGCAAAGAUUUUUAUUGGAUGUAGCAACAUGCGCACCUCGUUUUUGGUUUUUUGGGUUUCUUUCUUUUCAUUUUAUUCGACGGAAAAUUGAGGCACUGCUGCAAUACUAAGAGUUGGUAUUUAUGAUUCUUAA